AUGCCGACCCCCUUGGACAAAGCCUUGAAUUCCAAAAAUCUAUUCCUUGGCUUUGCAGGAAUGGUCACCGCAGUGGCAGCCAUCUCCAUUUGGGGUGGUGAUGUUCUCCCCGCGCAAGCUGAUCCCACUGGAGAUCCGGACAACUGGACACUGGAUGAAAUAACAAGAUGGUUGCGCGCAAGAGGACUUCUACCAAAUGAAAAGGCCAACCGCGAAGAGCUACUAGAGAGAGUCAAGGCAAAUCUUCGUGUACCGCGUAGAUCGGCGGCUGGACCCUGA